AUGCCUGCCGCCAUCUUGUGCACCAGGAGUUCCAAAAUGGGGCCGGGGCUCCUGAGCAGCGUGCUGUUCGUGGGCAGCGCUCUCCUGUACUCAGGAUACGACCCGCUCAACGAAAGGACUGGGCGCGGCCACUCGCGGGAGCAGGCGGCCACGCAGGGGUGGCCUGAGGCCCCGCGAACGAGGCGGAGGGUACACCAGGCCCAGGAGAAGGGAGCAGCAGACGAAGAGGAUUGUGGAAUAGCACCACUUGCAGAUGCUUUGAAAGAGUCUCGGAUUAUAGGGGGCACAGAAGCUCAACUUGGUGCAUGGCCGUGGGUAGUUAGCCUGCAGAUCCAAUCAGGCAAAAUUCUUGCUCAUGUAUGUGGAGGAAGCUUAGUGAAAAGUAAGUGGGUCCUCACAGCCGCCCACUGCACUAAGGACACUAGGGAUCCUUUAAUGUGGACAGCUGUGGUUGGAACUAACAAUAUACACGGAGGGCAUCCCUCCUCCAAGAAGAUAAAAGUGAAAGCAAUCAUUGUCCAUCCAGGCUUCAAUUUGGAAACUUAUGUAAAUGAUAUUGCACUUUUUCAUUUAAAAAAAGCAGUGAGGUAUAAUGACUAUAUUCAGCCUAUUUGUCUACCUUUUGAUGUUUUCCAACAACUGGACCAAAACACAAAGUGUUUCAUAAGCGGCUGGGGAAGAACAAAAGAAGAAGGUAAUGUUACAGAUGUGUUACAGGAAGCGGAAGUACAUUAUAUCUCUCGAAAGAUUUGUGAUUCUGAGCAGAGUUAUGGGCAAAAAAUUCCUACCACUUCAUUUUGUGCAGGUGAUGAAGAUGGAAUUUUUGAUACUUGCAGGGGUGAUAGUGGUGGACCAUUAAUGUGCUACUUACCAGAGCACAGUCGAUUUUUUGUGAUGGGAAUUACCAGUUACGGAUAUGGCUGUGGUCGGAAGAAUUUUCCUGGCGUCUACUGUGGGCCUUCCUUCUAUCGCCAGUGGCUGACAGACCACUUCUCCGGGGCGAGCAGUAAAGGCAUCUGUAACGUAAAUCCUCUACUUGGAAGGGUCCUCAUAGCCUCAGCUUCUGGGGUCUUACUAGGAAUUCCAUAAUGAAAUCCUGAAGACCUUUAUCUCGCAUUGUGUCCCUUCCCAUGUUCCACAUAAUGAAAACUAUUUGUUCUUUUGGCAAGUAAUUGCCCACUUUACAGUUCUCAUGAACGUUUUUUGUAACAAAAGGAUUGCGACAUUUUAGACAUGUGAUUAUAAAUUUGGCAGUGAAUCACAUGCCUCUUUGAUGUAUUUUGUUUGUUUUUUUUUUUU